AUGCCCAAGGGUGCCACUGUGCUGGUGCUGGACAUCACCCUCCCCAGCGCUGCGGCGCUGGUGGAGGCGUGUGACCUGUGCGACAGAAUCCUCACGGACAAGAUGAUAUACGCACCAUCGGAUGAAGUGGCUGUCAUUCUUGCUGGCACAGAGAAGUCUCGCAGCGCUCUGUACGAGCGGUCUGAGCAGGCGCGGUACAAGCACAUCACCGUGGCUGCUGAGCUCGGACCGGCAACGACACUGACCCUCGCACCCAUUGCUGCUACUCGCGCAGGUGUUGCUGUGCUGCCUGAAGGCGCGACUGUGCGGCGGUCUAUCGCGGAGGCGUACGACUUCAUUGACGCCCUUCAGGUGGCGGUGGCGGUGCUGCAAGCACGCACGAGCCAUAAGCAAUACAACCGCUGCAUUUACCUCUUCACCGACGCCCGCCACGAGGUGCGGCACAAGGAGGACCUGCUCUCCCUCAUCGAUGCCUUACAGCGCGACCAGGUGGCGUUGGUGGUGAUCGGGUUCGAUUUUCAGCCGCUGCCAGCAGCCGCGGAUUCACAGGAGGAGCUCAACGAAUCCGCCGUGUGUGACGCUAGUGCGUGGGCUGCGCUCGAUAGGAAGGCACAAAACGAGAGAAUACUCGCGGCGCUGUGCACCGAGCUGGGGCCACCGAGCGUACUCGUCAGCCCCGCAGAGGCGCUGGAGAGUCUCUCGUUGCUGCGCUGUCGAAGGAUCCGCCAGCAACCCGUGCUCAAGGUUGCGCUCCGCAUUGGUGACGUGCGGCUUGCCACGCAGCUGUUCACUCUCACGCAGGAAGAGCGGCUGCCCUCGCUGCGGCGGAGCACCCAAGACGGCGUAGACGUGGUGCAGACCAUCGAGUACGUCGCCCUCGGCGGCGUUGAUGAGCAGCCGUGUGCCUUGGCGAAGGAGGAGCGGGUAGAGGCGUUUUUCUUGGGUGUCGACCGCAUCCCAUGCAGCGAGACCGAUCGAGAAACAAUGAGGGUAAAGGGCCCACGCGCGCUGGAGGCGAUCGGGUUCGUUGGAGAGGCAGAGGUGGAGCCGUACCUGUUGAUGGGCGGCACACGGGCGCUACUGCCACUGGCGGGCGACCAUGCCGGACAGCGCGGUUUCAACGCCUUGGUGGACGCGAUGGCGUCCAGCCGUAAGGCAAUGCUUGUGCGGCUCGUGCGCACGGCAGAUGCUGCCCCGUCAUUGUGCGUGUGCUUUGCGCGGACGGCGGCGUCAUCUGCGGAGCAGCGCCACUUGGUGUUGGCUCCUCUCCCCUUCGCCGACGACGUGCGAGCCCUUCACUUCUCCGAGUACCCGGAGCUGCAGUUUAGUGCGGCCGAGGAGCAGUUGAUGGACGAGCUGAUCGACGGCCUCUCCGUGGAUGACUCGGUGCUGGCACCUGACGAUACCUUCAACCCGGUCCUGCAACAGUACUACGCCACCCUGCGAGCCAAGCUGUCCGCCAUGAAUGUCUCAGCGGAGAAGGGCAACGCGAAGGCGACCUCGUCUGAAGCAGCGGUACCGCAACUGCUGCCCAUGUUGAGGGGCACCUCCACCGACUUCUUCGCAGAGGGCAGCGAGGUGUAUGAGGCUGUAUCGGCGCACCGGUCCGCCCUUGCGUCUUGCGCAAGCGCGUUCCCGUACGAAGAUGAAGUGGACGCGCUUUUGCCAGGAAGCAGAGACGCUGGUGGGAAGGGAAAGCCAUGGUACCAAGAUGUGAUGACGACCUCAUCACUGGUCGGCACUCAGGCCGGAUCACCGCUGUCAGCAUCACAGGGAUCUGGUGGAGCCCCGUCCACGAUCGCCGCUGCCAUCCUGAGAGGCGCGAGGUGCAGCGGAGAGGCGGACGAAGCGUCUGCCGGCAGCCACGCCACGUCGGAUGCGAACAGCAUCUCCACCGCUCCACACGACACCAUCAGCGGCGGUGUCUGCUUCACGGUCACGUCCGUGGACCCAGUCGGUAGUUUCUCCAUGAUUGUGCACCACCCUACAGUGACGCAGGCACAGCUGAACAAGGCGAAGGACGACCUCAGCGAUGUCAUCUGGGAGCUCCUGCGCAGCAGCAUAAAGGACGCCAUCUACCGCAAGUGUAUGGCCUGCAUUACGGCCCUCCGCCAGUUCUGCGUGACGCAGGACGACGCUGCCUACUACAACGAUUUCCUGCUCAAAUUGGAGGUGGUCGCACGGCAGUGCGGGCGCGACGCCGAUUUCUGGGUCCCGUACGUGGUGGAGCGGAAAGACAGCGCCAACGUGUGGCCCAUCACGGCACAGGAGUGCACGUCUGCCGCCCUGCCCGACGAUACCGCCGCCAAGGCUUUCCUGCAGAAGGACCGCUUCGAUCCCGCCAUCGUCUUCGACGACACGGCUGACGAUGAUGACUGGCUGACAGAGAUUCAGUAG